GAAUUGUAGGUGGGGAUGACCAUGGAUGACUACAUUGUUCUUGCUGAUAUCCCAAAGAUCCAGCUGGAAUCAGAGGAAGAGUGUCCAGGGCUGAGGUGGAGGAAUCAGAGUCCCAGCCCAUGCAGGGAUCAGAGGCUAAGGACUUACAGGUAUCAAGAUGAGAUAGACAUCUACAGUUCCAGGCUUGAGUCUGAUGACAGGGGGAGAGGCAGAGAGAGGGGGAGAGACAGACGGGAGAAAUGCCGUGACUCUGAGAAUGGUCGAUCAUCUCGAAGGCAGUCAGCCUCGUCUCUUCAUAUACAGAGUGCAGAUAAUCAAAGUGGAAAACACAGAUUGUCAAAAGCAAAGGAACAAGUUCCUCCUGAUCGGCCGCAGACACAGGGAUGGAUGUCCAGACUGGAUGAACACGGCAAGUGGACUAAACAUUGGUUCGUUCUUGGUGAUACUUGGCUGAGGUACUACAGAGGCUCAGAGGCCGAGGAGUCAGAUGAUCUGGAUGGAGAGAUUGACCUGACAUCGUGUGUGAAUGUGUCAGACUGUGAUGUAGAGAGGAACUAUGGGCUCCAAAUACAAACAAAGAGAGCAGUGUUCACUCUCUCUGCCAUGACCUCCAGAAUACGACGAAACUGGGUGAAAUUACUAAAGCAGGCGAUCCAGAACAACACGCACCAAUCAGACAGCAGCAGCGAGAAAGAGAACCCCCUCUCCCUCAGACCGUCGUCAUGCCAACCCCAUGCUCGGUUCACCUGUGAGGACUCCGGCUAUGAACCCACAACUUCAACCUCCACCAUCACAGCUACAAACUCACAUCAGGCCGACCACCACCUCCAAACUGUAGACGGGGAUCUGGAUGCAGACUUGUCUCCAGCCAGUCAGAGGGAAGAAGGGGAGGGCUGGGACCGCGAGCAAGCGAAGCGAUUGGAGGAGAGGAACAAGUGGUUUGAGGGGGGGGUCUCUUUAAGUGCGAUGGGCAGCAGGUGGGACUCGAUGGAGCUGAAAAGGGGGAGUGUGCCUGUCCCUGUCAUUGAGACCAUGGACUCAGAGGUCAGCGAGAAGUGGGCAGAAUUCGAGAAGCUGUCAUUUAGGGACAUGAGUGCACAGUCUUUCAUUGGAGUGCAGGCUCAUCAGUCAAGCACCCCACAGGCAUCACAGUCUCUUCUUAGCUCCCAGAAUUAUCAGUCAAGAGCCGAAGAGGCCGAACAGUCUGUCACUGUCUCAGAAACUGAUAUAUCGAGUUCAGAGGGGGCUCUUCCAUCCAUAAAUGCAGCCCAAGCAAUUGAAACACAUACAGCUGAGGUACUUCAAAAGGAGGCCCUCUCUCUUCGAAAGCAAGUGGAGAGCAUUAAGAGGGAACGUGCAGCCAUGGGCCUAGAGGUGCACAGCCCGUGUGGCCCUGCGGCCCCCUGUCGGGCCAAACUAGAAGCCAUGGAGGCAGCCCAUCAGAAGGCACUGCAGGAGUUGCAGGAGAAACAUGCGAGGGAGAUCAGGGAGCUGGAGGAACAGAGAGACAGGAUGCUGCAGAAGGAGAGCCAGGCCGCUGCUAAGGCUAUGGAGGCACUGAGAGCAGCUCACAGAGAGGAGCUGCGCAGAGAGGUGGAGAAGGCCAGGAGGUUAGCUGGAGGAGCUGCACACGUGGAUACUUCAUACAGAGGCCACAUGCCCCAGGCGGACAUCUUACACAGUGAGUUAGAAGUGCUGUCUGAGCGCUACUCUCAGAAGUGCCUGCAGCUGAGCCACACUGAGCAGAGCAGCAAGGGGCGAGAAGUGGACCUCAGUUGCAAGGAGAGAGAGCUGGAGCAGCUCAGAAGAGAGAACCAGGAGCUUAAGGCCAAAUUGGCAGAAGAGAUCAGCCGCAUGCGUUUUUUCAUCACCGGGCAGAGGUCAGACGUUGCAUCUCUUGGCACCACUGAGCACUCUGCGUCAGAAAUGGAGACAUUACUAAGAGCAAAGGACCAUGAGAUGCAGUAUCUUAAAAAAGAAAUCAGCUGUCUACAGAAUGAAAUGCAAUCUCUUACCAAGGAGAAAGAAGCAGCUUAUGAGCGUUAUAAGGAGGCCUACGUAGAGCUGAGUGACAUGAAGGGUCGUCGCCAGUUGGAGAUGGGAUCCCUCAAUGAACACUUGAGACUGGCCAACGCCGCCCUGCAGGAAGGAGCGGGGCAAACCUGACCAACAAAACUCUUAGAAACUAACCUUGAAGAACAAAGAGAGCAAGCCAAUGUAAAAUGUUUACAAAAUAUAAUAACAUCAUUACAGAACAACAACAAGAUGUGCUGUAUUGACUGGACAUGGCUUGGAAGAGAGAGAAUGCAAUUAAAUGUGGCAACUACUGUGUACUUGGAAACCACCAUGCAAAAACUGUGAAGAUUCAAUAACAACAAGUGUUUAUCCAUGUGUAA